AUGCCACGUCCCUAUCAACAUUACCCGAGGGAUUUACGAAGUAAGCUCAAUGCUUCUUCGCAGCAUCGGAAGCGAAAGUCCGAACAUGUCCCGAGGAUAGAUGACGCCCCGAAACGAAGACGAACAAGGCAAGACAAGGGUAAUGUGACUCGGCCUAUUAGCUUCAAAGAGUUGGAACAAAUCAGCAGACAAUCAUCGCCAGCUUUAAAGCUCAUCAGUAAAGCGGAAAGGUUCGAGGCGCUGUUGGCCUCAGAGAAGUUAAGCAACGAGGAAUCGAACCCUGUGUUUCUAAAGCUGGUUAUUUCUGCUUUUCAUCUCCUAUGCUCAGCAAACAACCUCAUCGCCGAAAAUGUCGACAGGAUUUUACGUUCUCCCACUGUAAAGAAUUUCAUUGCAGGAAAGGUUUUAUCGAGUUUUAUCAAUGAAAUGCCUCAUGCUAACCACUGGAGAGACGAAAAUGAUCGUUUUUGCACAGUGAGUAAUCUGACGGUAAUUUUUGUCACAUUUCUUCAGAAAUUUGGUAAAGAUCUUGUUUACAAGCUACCACUGGCACAGCUUAACACGUCGUUGAAGGAGCUGAAAGAGAUGAACCUGGUCCAAGAUAUCGAUCAUCUUGACGAGAAGAUCCAGCAAUUGGAAGAAUUGAGAAAUGAAGCAAUUCGUUGUGCAAAGUUUGCAAAUGAUCAGAAGUCACAAGGUGAACCACCAGAAAACUUCAGAGAGUUAAGCGUCAUCCCUCAAGUAGAAGAUCUAAUUUCCAGACCCUUCCUUCGCGAAAACAUCACCGACAGAAGGUUUAAAGACUUGGACCACUAUUUAGAUGUACAGUUUCGUCUGCUGAGGGAGGACUUUGUGAAACCUCUUCGUGAUGGAAUACAUCAACUGAAAAAGAGCAGUGCCCUGGACCCUAAUCAUGACUACGAACUUAAACGCGCCAAUGAAAUUCAUGUUUAUCAUGACGUCACCAUCCAGUUUCCCGUGUGUGGCAGAAAAAGCCGACUUUACAAAAUCAGGUUUGACUCAUCUCAUCAAAAAGUAGCGCAAGUGAACUGGGAUCGAACUAAACGACUGAAGUAUGGAACACUGCUUUGUCUUUCAGCAGACGACUUUAAUACGCUGCUAUUCGCUACAGUGGAAAAUCCAGAUUCUGAGGAACUUAAAGACGGACUAUUGGAGGUACGUUUCGGGGACGUUACCUCGGAGGAAGUGAACCAGUUUCUUGAGGAAAAGCAGAUCUUUGUCAUGAUAGAGUCUCCAGCCUAUUUUGAAUCUUACAGACACGUCCUUGAAGCUCUCAAGGAAAUAAAUUCUGAGUUUCCUUUCCAGAAGCAGAUUGUGGAGUGCUGCGGGGAUGUCGAGCCACCUGAGUAUCAAAUCCAGGAAGAAAACGACAGAAAGUUCGAGUUUCAUUUUGAUGGCGUCUUAGAUGCAAAGAGGGAGGCAUAUUCAGAACCUCUUGAGUUGGCUGAACAGCAGAAUUCCCCAUCUGCCAUGGAAAUUGUGCCGAAUGCCUCGGCGGGUGUGAAAACACCUAUGGAGAACAAGAUCCCUUCAGCUGUACAAGCGGGUGUACCCCCCAGUGUACCCCAAACGACCAUUGCUGGCCAGACAGGGAAAGUCUUGGGCUCAAUAAAUCGCAGAUGCACGCAUUCAAAAUGGCGCUGACCAAAAGGCUAGCUGUAAUUCAAGGACCGCCAGGGACUGGAAAGACAUAUGUGGGUUGGAAGAUUGCACGUGUUCUUUUACAGACCCCCUCUCUCUGGGAGGAUGCGAAGGAACGGACACCAAUCUUAAUGGUGUCCUACACAAAUCACGCCUUGGACCAGUUUCUGGAAGGAGUCCUGUCAACAACGAAAAGUGAGAUGUGUUUGAUUUUAUUAUUAUUAUUAUUAUUAUUAUUAUUGAAGCCAGCGGCGAUUAAUAUAAUCUCUACCUUCCCUGAAAAAAGGAUUCAAGAUUUACUGCAAGUGAUAAAUAUUAUGUCUUGCAAUGUAGAACUAAGGAGGGUUCUUUUUCAAGAACUUUGUGAUCCACUGAACAGUUUUUCAUUGUUGUUUCCAACAACUGAAAGUUUAGUCUCAGCAAUGACUCUCCAUCGGGUCAAAAUUUUAAAUUAUUGUAAAAGAAUUAUUGUUUUAUCUAGUUACGUGGCAAAUACUUAUAAUAAAGCUGAAUAAGUUUUUCUGUAUCAUUUUUAGAUGUCAUUCGUGUUGGUGGCCGUAAAAUUAGUCGAACACUUGAAAACUAUUCCUUGAAGAAUCGUCGUUGGGAAAUGCAUUGGAAAAAAGUGGUUCCAGAUGAAAUUUACAGAGCCAGAUUGAAGACUGAAAAUGACACUCUGAAGCAAAAAGUCUUCUCCGAAAGGUCUUUCGAUAUUUUACGAAGUUUGAGAACCAGCGUGGUGUCCAUGAAAGUCCUUGGUCAUCAAGAUUAUGCGCUGAAAGCACAUUACUCCCAACUUAGUGAGACUGGACCGGAAUCAAUUGACGAAGCUCUUCUCGACUGGCUGCGAAUUAAAAGGCGAGAUGAACGUAAACAAGAAUUCCCUCUUUAUGGCGAUUUGGAGGGGGAAGCGUAUGGACAUGGCUAUGGUGCAGCUUUUGACAAUGAGCCCAUUCAUGACAAAGAUCUCAGCGACAUCGCUCAUAAAGUAGCAAUCCUCUCGCCAGAAGACGCGACCUACCCUAAGGAGGUACAACGAAAUAUUUUAAGUGAAGAGCUCAUGACAGGAGACGAGGAGAUGUAUCUUGAUGAUAUUUACCGGUUGGAAACAAAAGAUCGCUGGAGACUUUACAGGCUGUGGAGAAAGAGGGCAGAGGAAUAUCAUCAGAAGCUCUUCCUAACGAGGCAAAACGAGUAUGAUCAAGCUGUAGAAAGAGAGCAGGAGAUCAUUAGAAUGGAAGAAUACGAAGUUCUGCGUGAGGCAUGUGUCAUUGGCAUGACGACCACGUGUGCCGCAAAAUACCGCAGCAUUCUCAAGGAGAUCCGCCCCAGGAUCGUCAUAGUCGAAGAAGCCGCUGAAGUACUGGAGGCUCACAUCAUUGCGUCAUUGACCUCAGGCUGUCAGCAUUUGAUUUUAAUCGGUGAUCAUCAGCAGCUGAGACCCACCCCCGCAGUCUAUGAUUUAGCCAAGAGGUACAAGUUGGAUGUGUCCCUGUUUGAGCGAAUGGUGAAUGUUGGAAUUCAGUGUGAGACGCUAAACGUACAGCAUCGUAUGAGACCUGAAAUCUCUGCCUUGAUGAAACACAUUUAUGACGAUCUAGAGAAUCACGAGUCGGUGGAGAAAUAUGAAGAUAUCAAAGGAAUGAAAAAGAACAUGUUCUUUAUCAAUCACAACUACAUGGAAGAUUCUUGUAAUCAGUCGCACAGCCACGUGAAUGAGCACGAAGCCAAGUUUUUGGUCGCGCUAUGUCGACAUUUAAUGCAGCAAGGAUACAAAGCCGAUCAAAUUACCCUGCUGACAACCUACACGGGACAGAUGUACGCCAUUAGAGACUGCCUUCAAGAAGAAGAUGCUAUCAAGGAACCCCUUAAACCUGAAAACGAUUCAUCCUUCAGAGAUGUGCGUGUGACAACAGUUGACAACUUCCAAGGUGAAGAAAACGACAUCAUCCUUCUGUCGCUCGUGCGCAGUAACAAAGAUGAGAAAGUCGGAUUCAUCAAGAUUGUUAACCGCGCAUGCGUUGCUCUUUCGCGUGCAAGAAAAGGUUUCUACUGCAUUGGAAAUUUUGGACUUCUCUCAAAACACAGUGACAUUUGGAAGAAGAUUGUUACAGAUUUGAAAGCUAGUAGCAGUAUUGGAAACGUCUUGCCCGUCGUUUGUCAAAUCCAUAACGAUGAAAUCAGUGUUAAAACAGCAGAAGAUUUUAAUACAAAAGUUCCCAUGGGAGGGUGUCAACGACCAUGCACGGUGCGCCUGAAAUGCGGUCAUGCGUGCCCGUUGGAAUGUCAUCCUUCUGACACAGAUCACAUGGAAUUUCGCUGUCAAAAACCCUGUGAAAAGAAAAAGGCAAGAUGUGACCACACGUGCCCAAAGCGUUGCUGGCAGGUCUGUGAGCAAAAUUGUGAAAUAGAGGUUGAGAAACAGUUGCCAUUCUGUGGUCACACUAAGUUAGUAAGAUGUGACACUAAUCCCAUAGUGAUUAAAUGCAUAAAACAGUGUGAGAAGUACCUUCCAUGUGGUCACAGAUGUCAAAGAAAAUGUGGAGAAAGCUGCACGGAGAAAUGCCGCGAGAUUGUCAAGAAAACCGAUUGGCCUUGUGGACAUCUAGUCUCUAUCGCCUGCUCGGCAACUCCUAAUGAUUGUUUUCAUCCUUGCGAAGCCACGUUGGAAUGUGGUCACGCGUGCUCUGGUACUUGUGGCGAGUGUCGCAUGGGUCGUAUUCACAAACGAUGCAAGCUGCAUUGUGGUCGUGUUCUGAUUUGUUCCCAUUCGUGCAUGUCGCGUUGUAAAGAGUCGUGUCCGCCGUGUAGCGCGAAGUGUGAAAACUUGUGCGGGCACAGUGAAUGCCCAGAAAAGUGUGGAGAGCCGUGUACACCUUGCCAAGAGGAAUGUCUUUGGAAGUGUCCUCAUCACGCUUGUACCAAGAAGUGCAGUGAGAUGUGUGAAAGACCAAGAUGUAACGAACCAUGCAACCAAGUAUUGUCUUGUGGCCACGACUGCUGUGGUUUGUGCAAAGAAGAGUGCAUUUGUGCUGAGUGUACUCCAGUGAGAGAGAUUUUCUUCGGAACGGAGGAAAACGAAUCUGCUCGGUUCCUCAAGCUUCCAGACUGCCAGCAUGUCUUUGAAGUAACUUGCCUGGAUAGGUAUGAACUAACAUUAUGCUGUACAUAUUAGAAAAAGCAAUAGGAUCAUACCUAUCAUCCACGCGCUUAGGUAUACAUUCGUGGACUUGUCAAGUUGACAACCAAGGAAAGGUUAGUUAUGUCUCCCCCUUUCCUUCGGUAAGGAAUUUCAUCGUUCGACUGUUGUGCUGAUAGUAGCCUAGUAGUCGAUGUUUGAAGGGAGGUGGGGUUGUGUUAUUUUUAUUACCAUUAUUACAUAUGAUACUGAUUGACACCUAGUGCUUGCAAAAACUUGGGCGCCUAUUGAGACAGGUUUUUGCAAAUGAUGAGCUUUGUGAACACGAGAACGAUCUCUAUUUAAAGAUGUUUCUGACAAACCUUAAACGUCUUAACCGUGUAUACAUACCGGCUCUCAUCUCAACACACUUAUCGACUAACGAGGGUGCACGUUGUAUUUAGGCUAUUUUCAGUGUCGGUCUUCUUCUCGUGUGAUUUUAUAUUAAACGGGACAUGUCGCUGUGCAGAGUUAUGCUGGAUAUUAAUGCGAGCCAUUUAUGAUGAUGAAUUCUUAUAUCAAUUUUUCUUCUUGCUCAAAGAUGGAUGGACCAAGAUGAUGGUGUGAUUAGGCGAAAGCAGUGUCUGCGAUGUAAUACGCCAGUCCGCAAGAGCCUGCGAUACGGAAAUGUCAUCAAACAGCAGAAACAAGACAUCGAGCGAGUGAAAAGAGAAUUGAUGGGAAACAAGAUGGAAUUGGAAAGGAAGAAAAGAAGCCUGUUCUUUCGUGCCUGUGAGAUGUUACAGACGGUUGACCAAAGUGUCAAAGCAUACUUAGAAAAACGGAAAAACAGUAUAUGGAAAACAGUGAAAUCUGAGAUGAUAGCCGCCAUCAUUGAAAACCAGCUCAUGCUGAUUCAGCGUUUGUACUCGACAGGAAAGAAAAUGCAAAGCGUUCUAGGAACGGUGUAUCCAGAGGACUGCUCUGAAAAGAAGUUACAGCGUAAGUUGAGAUUUUAACACCAAAGCAUUUUAAGUAUUUGAUCAAUGAGCUCAAUGUAUUUAGGAGAAUUCAAGCUCUGCAAUUUCACUAAAUUUGAUAUGCAGCUUCCAAAAAGCUUACCAAGUACGUCUGUAUUAUCAACAGGCCAGCGAUUAACCGAGGAGCUGAGCUACCUAAAGAAGCGGCUUCUGUCUGACAGAGUAGGGCAGCUAGAGCUGCAAGACAUUAACACCGAAUUCUCGAGACUCAAUCUUCAACUGGAGCUGUAUUCGCUGAACCGUGACAUCAGGAGCCUCGAAGUGGAGUUAGACGAACCUUCCCGCCAAAUGAUAACUGCAAUACAAAAGGAACUGUCCGGCGGUCAACGCAUAGCAGACGAAGAACUGGAUAAACUAAUGAAUGACAUUGCAACUAUACGGUACGUUUUAAGUCCUACAAGGAAUAUGUCUUCAAAUAAUAAAAUUUCGACUCAAAAAACGACGUUCUCCUGCAAAAAGUAAUGUUGUGAGGAUCGCUUGAGCUUAAUGACUGAAAAGUUUUUUAAAGAUAUUCCACGGUACCCGAACCUUGUUGCGCUCCACGAUACAAGUAGUAUUUAGAAGAGAAUGAGCUUAAUGAAUCGACUCCUACAUUUCGGUAAUUCUUGUCAGGGUAUUUUCAGACUCAAUGUAACACAUGUCCAGGCUUCGUCAUGAAGAUAGAAAAGCUUAUCAUAGAGAGUGUGUCUGAACUAAUUUUUAAAGAAACCUAUGGUGGUUGAUUAGUUACGGCAGUUAUUUUGCUCAAAGUGAGAGACUAUUAUGGGACUUAAGACUGAAAAAUUGUUUCUUGUCUAGAGCAACCAAUCCCUGCUUUAAAAAACUGACGCCAGAAGAAAAAGAACAGAUCGUGACUGCCAUGAACCUUAAACCCGGUCAUUGGUACAAAUGUCCCCAGGGACAUAUCUACGUCAUUACCGAGUGCGGUGGCGCCAUGGAGAAGAGCACGUGUCGUGAUUGCGGAGCUGUGAUUGGUGGAGAAAAUCACAGACUUGCAGAAGGCAACCAAGUGGCGACUGAGAUGGAUGGUGCGAGGUACUCGGCCUGGUCUGAACAGGCAAACUUAGCUAACUAUGGAAACUUAUACCCCGUUCACACCAAAGCUUAA